UCCCUGUUAUCUCUGCUGUAAAAAAAGGUUGUGAAAAAUUAGAGUUACGUAUAACGAUGUAGUUUCCAUUAUUCUGUAAUGAAAACUCUCAAAAAUAUUAAAUAUACUUAAACAAUUAUUCGAAUUAACAACGAUAUGACAAUAUUGGAAAAGGUUAAUUUAUAAUAUCAGUAUUAAAAUAUUGAAUAGUGUCAUUAUUUUUAAAAAUGUUCAAGCGAAACAGGUUGAAACAUAAAAUGAUUUGCAUUGGUAUUAUUAUAUUUGCCUCUAUACUUUAUAAUGAAUUUCUUGUAUAUGAAAUACAAAAAUUCAAAUGGGCAUUAAGAGACUGUAAAGACUGUGUUAAAGUACUUCUUGUAGCAGAUCCACAAAUAUUAGGAGAGAAAAAUGAGGAUUAUACAGGUUCAUGGCUAGCAAGAUGGGAUAGCGAUAGGUACUUAGAGAAAACCUUUUCAAGAGCUUUAAGGUAUUCUCAACCACAUGUUAUAGCAUUUCUUGGAGAUCUCAUGGAUGAAGGACAUAUUGCUAAUGCAGAAAAAUUUAAUAAAUAUAAAAAGAGGUUGGAUUCUAUAUUUCAAACUCCUGACAAUAUCAUGAAAAUCUAUUUACCUGGUGAUAAUGAUAUUGGAGGAGAAGAAGAUAAAGUUUCCACAAAUAUUCAAAACAGAUUUCAUUAUGCAUAUAGUCAGCCUGAUGUAUUAGUUUAUAAACGUGUUACAUUUUUUAAGAUAAAUAGAUUGACUCAUUUUAUGCCAGAAGCUCCUAAAGAUGCAUUUCUUAAUGAUUAUACAGAAAGAAAUACAACUAAUGUUAUACUGAGUCAUAUACCAUUAUUAUUUAUGCCAGGAAGUUUUGUACAAAAUGUUAUCAAAGAAUUAUCACCACAAAUUAUUUUUACUGCACAUGAACAUAAAGCAUUACAUAUUAGUUUGGAUACAGCCACAGAUCAGUUAAGCGAAGUUUGGAUUCUUCCACCUCAUGAAACACCUUUAUAUCAAUUAAGAAUGGAUGUAGGUGAUAUCCAUGAAGUUCAAAUACCAACAUGUUCUUACAGAAUGGGCGUUCGGAAUAUGGGUUAUGGAAUUGCAUAUAUUGAUACUCAAGAAAAAAUAGUUGAAUUUACAAUUCUAUGGUUACCGAAUAGGUUCUUGCAGCUGAAGAUUUAUAUUUUUAUUAUAAUAUUAGUGAUUUUGUUAUUAUUAUGUUCUUGCAUAUGUACCUGUUGCUCCAAAACUUAUACAACAUACAAUCGUAUACCCACCAUUUCACAGUACAGUAAAUCUUAAAAGAUGUUGGUACUUAAGAAUUUAAUUAAUAUUUAUUUAGAGUGACAGUAAUCCGUCCAAGUAAUGUGAUUGUUCUAUUAUUCAUUGAAUAUUUUAAACAAAAUUUCAUGGAAAUUAAAAAUAUUAAUAUUUCAUUUUAUUCUAAUAGUCCAUGAUGGAAAUUUUAAUUUUAUUUAAUGUAUCUAUCAAAGGUUUCCCAAAGUUCCUUUAUUAUAUAAUAUAAAUAUACAUACGUGCCUAUAUCAGUGUUAUGCACGUCCAGUAUUAUGUCUUGUGUAACACGAGUACAUAGCUUACACAAUGCUAAGAAAAUUAUAUCAAUUAAUAUUUUUCUUAUAUAAACAAUUUAAAAAGUGUGUAUAAAAGUACUGUAUAUAAAAUUAUAUUUAAAUAUUCAAUAAAAAUUAAAUAAUCAUACACACACACACACAUACACAUAUACUAUAUAUAAAGGCGUGCAUACACGUAAAUUUCAAGAAAUAACAUAAGAAAUCUUAAUUGUGAUCUCUUAUUUACAGCAAGGUUAUUAUUUAAACAAUAACGAAUCUGUUUAUUUUUGCGAUUUAAUGAAGUUAUAAUAAUCCUAUGUCUAUGCUAUGUACAUAUACACGAUUAUCUUUCUCUUUCUCCCUUUCAUUCUCUCUCUCUCUCUCUCUCUCUCUCUCUCUCUUUCUCUCAUUAUUUAUAAUUUAUAAUUAGAAAAUGUUAAAUAAAUAUGUAUGUUGACUUUCAAUGCGAGCUGUUUAAUUAUUUUUUUCAUUUGUAAAAUAAACAUGUUUCAUUUAUUAUAUUUUUCUAUUAACAUUUAUUAAAUUUUUAUUUUUAUUUCUUAUAUUUAUUGUACUCAUUCUUUUACAAAUGAAUUCUCUGAUUAUAGAUAUUUAACAUAGAGAAGUUUAAUGUAUAUAUAGAUUACAUUAGGUUAUAUGCGCCCGCGCGUAAUAAGUGCACACAUAUAUAUAUAUGUAUGUUUGUAUAAAAACAUUUGACGUAAUAAUGGAGCCGGCUGUUGAAUUUGUAUAUUAUUUUUUCAAAAUUAAUUAGUUAUAAAUAUAGUAAUACAUUUUACAAGUAAUUAAUGUACUUCAAUAACGUGUAAAAUUUCUAUAAAUAAGAUGGGCAAAAGAAAAGCACCUGAUAAUGCAGGGAACCCUAACCAGGAUUUAUGUGAUUUUCUAAUGGGUAUUUUGAUGAUUUUGAGAAAAAAAUACCUAGGACAGAAAUAACUGAAAUUGAACAAAUGUUAAAGAAAUAUAUUUAUGAAUUGAAUAAAGAAUAUAUUAUUACUGUAUGUGGAAGUUACAGACGUGGUAAAGAAACAAGUGGAG